AUGCUUCGAGUACAACGCAGCCUCUCUCCUUCCAGCAUCUCGGCAGCCUCGCCCAUCCAUCGCAGACCAUCCUACGGUCCUCAGCUAUCGGUGCCGGGCUCGGCGCCCGGCGUCGCCGACCCUUUCUUCGAUCAGUCAUCACUGGCUAGCUCGCCCGGUGCCAGCUCACGCCAUCGUCGCGGCUCUCGUUCUUCUAUCCUCGCGUCCGCCUCCGAAGUUGCAGGCACUGCUUCAGACAGAGAGUCGAUCCGCUCGGCUGGUAGCAGCUCACGCAUCGGUCCCUCCACACCAACGCAGAAAGCUAGAAGAACUUCGCGCGGCGAGGAUUUCGACCGGAAUGCCUCGCCCGUCUCCUUCUACUCCUCAUUCGAAGCGCCAUUGACAUCGCCUCGACAGUCGCGCCAGGGAAGCCUGCAGCCCGAGCCUAUCCGCCUCUCGCACAUUCCGCGCUCGCCAUCCCCCACUCACCUAGCAGCAGCCCACUCAUCGCCCAAUGGCCCUUAUCGCUCUCCACCAUCCAAGCACAAGUCUGCAUCUAGAGACCAACACCAGCGCGACGACGCAACACCCACCAAGCGAUCCGUCUCGGCUCAGCAUGUUGCCAGUUCCGAAGGGCCCGCCUGGUCGUCGUCCAAUUCCAUGCGGUCGUUCUCAGCCAACUCAUGGCAGCAGCCCAACUCGCCCACUCGCGACCCGCCUUCAUCUCGUGGAUCCGAUGCAAUUGCUCGGCCUACCCGUAUAAUCCCAACGAGCUCCGUGGGUGACUCGUUUGACCCCAAGCCAAGAGCCAUUUCCACCUCCAGGUCUACCAACGGCUUGAAGCGGCCCGAUGACUUAACUGCUACUCGACCGCGGUCAAAGAGUAGCAUCAGCUCCAAGCCAACAGAAUCGCAGCCUUCCGUCAAUGCGCAAUCUUCAUCUUCUGGCGUAGCGCCGUCAUCCAUUCAGUCCACCAAGACGCUCGCACCAGUGCCCUCCAAGCUCAGUCUGCGUUCCCGCAUCUUUGGCGGCCUCAAACCCACCAAUUCGGCAUCCCCAACUGCGUCCUCAUUUGGCUCAGGCACCGAGACGCCAUCGCCUAGAUCCCCUCACUUUUCACCCUCCAUUCACUCAGAAGGCUCGCACAGCGAUCGCCACUCUCGAGAUUACACCGAUGGCCAUCUCCUCGACCCAGCUCAAGCUUUGUCUCACUACGCAGAGUCUUCUCAGUCACAUGGUCGCGGCGAUGACGAUGGCAUAGGCGAAACUGCAAAUGGCGACUUGAACGCGAACGCAAUUACCGCUCGCAAGGCCAGUAGUGCAUCCAGCUUCCUCCGCAAGACGAUGCGCUUUAAAGAAAAGCCUGCCUUUCUCAAGUCGCGUCCCUCCGUAUCAUCCAUGAACUCGGAUUCCGCCGCAUCUACUUCCACCUCGGUUCCUCCUUCCCCGCUGGAUCCUCCCAUCAACUCUGAAGUCGAGGAUGCUGCCAGAAACGCUCCCUUCUACAAGCAAGUAAGCGGUCGUAGGGGGCUUCAAUAUCGCCAAGCACCCUCGGAAAGUGCGAACGGCAUGUCCUCAGAAACUCGCUUGCUUUCGCAAGCAACCGAAGGCGAACAAGUGCCGAGCGCUAUCAGACUCUUGCCUGCGGUGACAGAACGCGACCUGGAAGGUUCACCGAAGCUACAACGCUCGUUAUCGUACAAAGCCGGUGCGAACCCGGAUCGCCAAGACCCUAGCUCACCCACAGUCAAUUCGCAUUCGAAUGAGUCAGGUGCAAUGUCGCAACAAAUGGCAGUCUCGCCACUGGAAGCGGGCUCCCGAUCUCGAAUCCCUCGGAGCAGCAGUCUUCAUGGCUACGUCGGUCGCAACAGUCCAUCCGCCGCUUCACCCUUAAAGAUUCUAUCUGAACAGGCUGCAGCGUCACCCUCUUCGCUGACAGACGUACCCGCGUCUCCACGUCGAAGGCCACGAUCGGGAUCUGACCACCCGUUUUCUCCUCAGAUACAACCGCGUACCACCAGCUCGCCCCGCCAGAGCUCGGCUCGUCGUCCCCUUACCUCGCAAGGCAGUCCCUCGCCCGCUGCAUCUCCUAAAGCAGGCGCUUCGUACACCAGUCGCUCGACACAGCGAGCAAGCCGACCCAAAACGGCUGACAGCGGCCAUACUUAUUCAGGCUCUCUUUCUAGUCUGCGUGACAUUAUGAUGGUGGCCAAUGCAAUUUCGGAAGAAGGUGCAGUCUACCACACACCUGAAAAGACACAGAUCGCACGGUUCGAAUCCAACGCGAGCCCGUCUACUGCUUCGCAAACAGCGGCUUCUCCCAGCGAGCAAAGGCGACCGGGACUUCCACCCAAGAAUCCUCUUCGGAAACAGCGACCGUCUGGAGCCAGUGUCACCAGUACACCCUCCGUCUCUGGCAAUUCUCCUGCUUCUGUUCACACGAGUGGCGUCUUCCCCGGUCCUUCGAUGGCCAGAACAGCUGACGAUUGUCUGCUCCGCCCCGCUUCCAAGGACGCUGCAGAGUCUAAGCGUCCGAUUCCAGCCUCAGUGUCCACGCCGUCUCUCACCGAUCUCCAGGCCCAGACCUCGAAUGUGGCUCAAUUUUCACCCAUGGACAGGCAGACGAGCGGGGACUACGUCCUAUCUCGAGAUGCUGCCGCGUCGCAAGACGCGUCGCAGGACACAGCUCUCGCUCACGUUCCAUCCCGCUCUUCCGGCUUGGCGCAUGGAACACGCAGCAGCUCUUCUUCGCCCGCACAAGCGUCCUUUGGAUCGACGCAACAGCUUUCACGUGCACCGUCGACCGACUCUACGGUCGGAUGGGUGGCGAGGAGGCACGAGCGUUCUGUAAGCGAUGCCGCCAGUUCUUUCACGGACCUGAAGAACCCUCUUGGCAUGGGUGCUUCCACGCCUUCUCUCAGUUCAGAAACCUCCUCGGGCACCAAGAAGAAGAAGGAAGGGCCAGGCAGCAAGAUCUUCUCCUUUGCGCGCGAUAUCACGCAUCGAGAUGGCAGCAACGAUGCAACUAGCACGAUCACAAGUUCCGGAACCUUCCGGCUUGGAAGGAACAGCAAGUCGAAGAAGGCAGACGCUUCUUCGCGGCCCGUCAUUCGCAGACUGUACGAUGGACCUCUGGAGAGCGAAGCAUCGGCUUCGGCUGCGAGCCACGCUUCUGCAAAUGGCUUGCACUCACCUCUGCAAUACACCAGUGGAGUCAGUCCUGGAACCUCCGUUGUCGACCUGCAAACCGCAUCCGGUAGCGGGCCGCCGACCCCCGGCAGUUCCGCCACUCCUGGACCUAGCGGCCAUCGCACGGGUGCCGGCAAUUUGGUCCGCUCUGCAUCAUCUUCAGGCAGCACUGCUCGAGACCUCUUGUCCCCCGCUUCCGGCCACCUCAUGACACCGCAACUCGGCAACAAUGGCGGCUACUUUCUCCCACGCAGUCCCAGCUAUACCACGCCGGCUUGGUCCAUCCCACAAGACGAUUUGUCACAGGAGCAGAAGCGGUUCGUCAGGCGAUGGUUUGUUCUGCGCGAACUGUUGGAAACCGAGAAAGCCUAUGCGUCUGACCUCGCUGUGGCUCGAGACAUCUACCUAGCUAGAGCCAAGAUGAGGGCCGGUAUUACGGCGCCUCUGUCGCCCUUGAGCGUUCGGUCUGCAAGCAUCUUUUCGCAGCUUGCCUCGCCCGAGCCAUCCACGCACAGCCGAUCCUCGCAGUCCCAUUUGCAGCAGCGUGGAGGCACACCCGCCGUUAGCCCUGGACCGAGUGUCCUUCCUGGUAGAAGCCCUUUGCCCCAAAGAGCGCUUUUCCGCAAUGCUUCAGCGGACGCUACUGUCAAUAAAGCCCUCGCCAGUCCGAGCUCGGUCAACCAAACAGCAUCGUCCGUUUCAUUGACGUCGAGCAAUCCAAGCAAUCGCUCUUCCAUGUUCACGGUGUCUUCGCAGAGCUCGCAGACCUCCGACGCAAGUCACUUCGCACUAUCGGGCCACCCAACAGCAGGACUGCCAUCCCAGUUUUCGAUCGAAGGCAAUGCCUUGUCGCCGGUAAUCGGACACAUCCCGAGCUCAGGCACGCCUAAUACCAUGCCCAACCCUGGCGCAUCGCCUCUUUCGUCCGCGCUUGCAACGCCGUCCAUCUCGACGCCGUCAGGGAUUCUGUCGCCUGGGUCCGCUGGUUCGGCGGACACCCUGCCGGCGGGAUCGCCCGAUGCCCCGUUCAGUGCAAGCGAUGUACGCAUUGUCUUUGCUCAGCUCGAGACAUGCGCUGCAUUUGCAGAUGAAAUGGUGGUCAUCCUUGAGGGCGCAGUUGGCAGAAUUUGCAGCGGAACGUCCGACGAAGCCUGCCAGCUGCUGGCUCAAGGCAAGGUCAUCGAGGAAUCAGAGACGGACCGAGUUGGGCAGGCGUUUCUCAAGCUCAUGCCACGCAUUGAGCAGGUCUACUCGGCCUACUGCUCGCGACACGAGGCGUCCAUGGCGAGGCUGCAGGAGCUGCUGACUACGCAACCUAAAGUCAGCGCUUUCCUUAGCGAAUGCACGCAGGCAGCACGGGCGUACACGAAUGCGUGGGAUCUGUCGUCUCUGCUGAUCAAACCGGUGCAGCGUGUGCUCAAGUAUCCCUUGCUCCUAUCGCAGAUUCUUGCGUCUACGAGCAGCAAGCACCCAGAUAUGGAGAGUCUGUCGGCAGCCUCGGUCGAGAUUCAGAAGGUGGCAGACAACAUCAACGAGGUCAAGAAACGCAAGGAUCUUGUGGAGCAAAUCGUGAGCGGCAGGGUCACCAAGCGCAGUACCAGUCAACGCAUGCAGCAUGGAGCCACAAAGAAGCUCUUGCGACGUCAGGAAAAGGUCAGAAAGCUUGUGGUUGGCCGAGCCGAAGAUGUGCUCGUCGAUGAUGGCCAGUACAAGGCUUUGGUCGCUCAGUUCCAGCAGCUGGAAAAGUCGACAAGUUCAUUUGCAAGGCGAUGCACAGCGUGGUCGUCGAGCAUCAAGGAUGCGCACCUGGCUCAGCUUCGUCUCCUCGACCAAUGGUGCAAUGCCUACGCCGUUGACGAGAUCACUGCCGGUACAGAAGCGGAAAACCGUCUUCGUACCUUUGUUCAGCUGAUCGAAGACACGUUGCUCGGCGAAUUUUGGGCACAACUAGACGUCGAGAUGAGCUCGAGCCUGAAGCCAGCCGUACACCGCAUCACAGCGCUGUUUGCCCUGCCGCAAUCGGUGAUCGCGAAGCGCGACGAUCGCGAGCCAGACUAUACUCGCUACCAAACCGAGAUCUCACGCGGUGGCUCCAAAGCGGUGGACAAGAAGCUCGCCGAGAGCGCAGCCGCCUUCGUUGCUCUCCACACGCAGCUAAUGGACGAACUGCCGCAGUUCAACUACGGCGUACAGACGUUGUUGGAUCUAUGCAUCGAGUCGCUCUCGCGCACACAAGCCUCGUACCAUCUACGCGUCCAUCGUGCCUUGAUCGGCUUCUGGCAGAGUCACGGACCCGAGGGUAACACGGACAUUGCGAACAACGCAGAGACGAAUGAAAGGUCGAUGCGGCACCUCAACCCGGUCAAGAUGUUCUGGCCUUUGCACAGCAGCAUUUCGGAGUUUGCUGAGUCGCUCGGUAUUGUCCGCGGGAUCGUUAGCGCCGGUGGCAGCGUUGGUGUUGACGAGCGGGCCUCUCGCUCGGCGUCUUUGAGCGUGGACAGCGAUUCGCUCGCAGCGGGCAACUUGAGUCCAUCGAGCACCACCCACUUUUCGCCGCUGCAGUGGUCUCGAGCGCUUCCCGAUGCCGAGUUCGCAUCCAGCGUGCCCGACGCGACUAGCAUGAGCCAGAAGAUCGAGUCGAUCACUGCAGCGGGGUCGGAAGAAAUGUUGGAUACCAUCGGUGCACGAGCGAGUCCGAGUCCGUUCGCCACUCCUCCUCUGGGAUCGCAUCGUGGCGCGUCGGCGUCGCCGCAGCUGCGUCAGCCGGCGUUGCUAGGAUCGCCAGCUCCGAUUGGAGCGGCUCCACUCGUGGGCGACUCUCAGCAACAGCAACAGCAGCAGUCGGCACUUCGCACGGCCAAGUCAGGCGGUGGUCUGAUUGGGCUUCUUCGGUCAGUGGGUAGUAGCUCGGCGGUGGGCUCACGCAAGAACUCGCAGUCGGCAGAUACAGCCCACGAGCUCUUCGUCGACGGUCUCAGCUCGGACCCACCUACACCCAUUAGCAAGGACACCCCGGCGGUAGGCGAUUCGGCCGCAGUUGGCGAGCCUGUUGCACCCCCCAAGCUGCCGGCUCUCACCUUCAACUCGGGCUUCUUCGGUCAGUCUGAUACCGUCUUCAACUCGGCAUCUGCACAAGGCCUGGAUGUGGAGGCGAACGAAGUGCCGUCCGACCCCAGCGCACCUGUAUCUGCUCGCCAAGAUGAGUCGGGGACGGCAGGUCAAGCCGCAAAGGUGAUGGGCACGGUGGCAGCGGUGGCAAACAGCCCCUCUGCCGCAUCGCGGGGUUCUGCGAGCAAGAAUGGAUAUCCGCUUGUUGAGUAUGCGGUGGGAGACCUGUUCAGGGUGGCUGACCACGACGAGGUGCAUCUCUUUGGGCAUUCUGAACACGGCGUUGCGGGAUGGGUGGAGCGCGAGAACUUUGAACCUCUGCCGUGA